UAGGCCCCGGGGACCAAGGCAGCCCCAGAAUCUGAGCUCAGACUCGAGGCUUGGCGCACCCGACUCCUCCCCCCACUGGGCUGCAACCGCCACCCGGAGUCAGUUACCGCACGCGGUGUCCGCACGCUGCCUCCGCGAACGCGAGGUGCCCAGGGCAAGAGUCUAAGAGAGGCGAAUGCGCACGCGCCUCCCCAUCACUCCGUGCCCGGGGCAAACCCGGAAGCGGAAGCGCGCUUACUUCCGGCGGAUGGAAUUGGGCGGGGCGGACAGUGGCUCCCAGUUUCCGAUUCCGCGCCUUGGCAGGCGGAGGUCGCGGGGCUGGUUGGCUGCGCUCCCGGGGGCCGCCGCUGCCGUGCCCAGCCCCGCGCGGGGCCAUGCUGCUGCCGUCCGACGUGGCCCGGCUGGUGCUGGGGUAUUUACAACAGGAAAAGCUUUUAGCCACCUGCCGUGAAUUUAUAUUGGAAAGCUCAGAUUUAAAGGAAUAUGCUGAGCACUAUACAGAGGAAGGAUUUGUUCCAGCCUGUUUACUGUCUUUGUUUGGAAAAAAUUUGACAACCAUUCUUAAUGAGUAUGUAGCCAUGAAAACAAAAGAAACCACAAAUGAAGUUCCAGCAAUUAUGUCAUCUUUGUGGAAGAAGUUAGACUAUACUCUUUCUCAGAUCAGGAGUAUGCAGAAUUCUGCAGGAUUUUCUGCUAAUCAAAGGACACGUACAAGAAGUGGAAUUGCAGAAAUGAAAAGGCAGAGAAUACUUCAGUCAGCUCCUCCAACCUCAGGACUUUUGUCUAUAGCCCACCAGCCAGGACAACUUAAUUCCUCAUGUAUGGCAACUACCCAGAUUAUUCACAGACCAACAGUAAAUCAAAAUGUGUCACAGACAAGAUUGAAUAUGUUGUUUGCACACCAGUCCCAAACACAGGAAAAUAAUGUCAGCACAGGUGAUUCUAUACAUAUUCUAGUUCCUGGGCCUCAAGAACGAAAAUUUAAUUCAAGCUUGCUAUCUCCAGGAAGACGAAAAAGUGAAUCUCAGAAGAAGAAAAGUAUUGCAUCACCUGGACCUCAUUCAACAAGUAGAAGUUUUCAGGACUCCAGUGUGGUGGUAGUGGAAGAAGAAAGUGAACCCCUCCAGGAACUCAUAGAAGGCAAUUUCCCUCAAUUGGUCAUUGAAAAUGCCAGAGAGAAAAUCCUGAGCAACAAAUCUCUUCAGGAGAAGCUUGCAGAAAACAUUAACAAAUUUUUGGGCAGUGAGGGCAGUGUUGCUCACAUUCCUAAACAGACAGACAGUGGUCCUGCAGAACAGGAGUCCUCAAUUGAUGAAAUCUUUGGACUUCAGAAUGAAAUCCACAUGUCAGAAGAAGCAAUACAGGACAUCCUGGAACAGACAGAGUCAGACCCAGCUUUUCAGGCACUCUUUGACCUUUUUGAACCUGGUAAAAACAAGACUAAUAAAAAUGCACCUCAUGCCAUUUCCAAUCAGAAUGGAGUAGAAGGUACAAUGUUGGUGGAUGAACAUAAUCUGGAAACAAUUGCAAGUUCUUUAGAAACACAAGAAGCUAGUGAUCAUUCCAGAGAGGCUUGGUCCUGUACAGAUAAUCAUUCAGAAGAAGUAUCAUGUGCCUCGAAGAACAGUAAUGAUGGUGAUGACAUCACUAACAAAAGUGUAACUUGUGAACAAUCCCAUGGAAGCAGUAAACAGAAGAAACAGACUGAUAACCUUAAAACAGUAAACGAUGAACAAAUUGGUGAGCUUGAAAUUGCCUUUGAAUCUGUGCCUGAUUUGACUGACUCUAACCAACGAGAGAAUUCUGGUACUGAACAAAACGAACACUUUGUGGGAUCCUACAGUAAUAAAGAGUCGGCUGAAUUAGUAUCCAAAAGUCAGACAGCUAUAGAAACUGAAAAAGACGCACUAAAUCAUAACGGUCAAAAUACACCCGGUUUGGAGUAUGAUCAUUCUGAUAUUCCACAGAGUUCCUUGGCUUCCCUUGAUGAAGAUACUAUAACUAUUGAAAACAGAACAUAUCCUGGAACAAGUGAGUGUCAUUUAUCACCAGAUACUUCGUUAUCUGGAAAAACAAAUAUAAGUCCCUCUCACAGGAGCCCUGAUCACAGUGUGAUGCUAAAAAAAAGUAAUGCAUCCAAGUGUAGUCAAUCAGGAGACUCAGGUGAAAAUGAAAAGGAUAUAACAGAAGAAACACCCAUGUUGCCUGUUGCUUUACAACAAAAUUCUAAUCACCAUUCUAACUGUCAAGACCUGGAUAAAAUGGUGUUGGAUUGUGUUGAAAGAUCUGUAAAUAUAUCAGAUGUGACGAGAACAGAGUUGCAGCUUGAAGUUGUAGAUACUUCCAACAAACCUCAUUCAGGUGAUCAGUUUACACUUGAUAAGCCUUCUACAAAAGAUUUAAGUCUCCAUUCAGGGUCAUCAGACUCUGGGAGAACACAAGUGGAAAUGCAAGAACCUUCAUCUUCUACAGAAACAGAUGCUGAGACUAUAUUUUUCUCUUCAGGUGAUGAUGGAUGUACAGAAAUUUCUGUAGUAUCCACUGAAAGUAAUCCUACUGUAUCUGAAGCAUGCCAUACCCCUCCACUAGAAACUGCAUGCUUGACAGAAGAGUCUAGCACUGAGUUCAAAAGUAUUGGUGGUGUUUCUUCUAGCAGUCAGCCUGUGGAUGUAGAUCCUUCUAGUAUAGUGUCCCUCAAAAUCAUCAUCAGUGAUGACCCAUUUAUUUCAUCUGACACCGAGUUAAACAAUGCAGUUUCCAGCAUCACUGGAGAAAAUUUGCCAACUAUAAUACUAUCUUCUCCAGCCAAAACUACGGGGCUACCCAAAUGUGUAACUUCAGAAGAGACUGAAAGAGCUGGGGACUCAGCUUCGGCAGAGCAGAAUCUUCUUGUGCUCAGACCUAAAGACCCUGUUGUGAGCUCAGCUAAUAUCCAGAAUGAAGAGUGCACUGUUUUUUCAGUUGCUGGUGCAACUAAUCUUUCCAAGGAUGGGGGAUUUAUACAGUUGAUGCCGGCAACGAGCACGGCUUUUGGCAAUUCAAAUAACCUUUAUAUAGCCACCUGUGUGACCGAUCCAACCGCACUGGGCACUACUGUAACUCCAUCUAAUGUAGUUGUGUUGCCUGGCAAUUCUGUGCCACUUGCUGCCCAAGCUCCAGCAACACAACAGUUACAGACUCCUCCCAGAUCAAACAUGUUUACAAUGAAUCAGACUCUAUCUCCAAACUUUUCACAAGGUUCUGCCAUUAUAAUUGCAUCUCCAGUGCAGCCUGUUCUACCAGGAAUGGUGGGGAUGAUCCCCGUAUCAGUAGUGGGACAAAGUGGAAAUACUUUCUCAGCACCUCCCCGCCAGGUUCUACACAUGCCUAUAGCAAAUCCUAUGUGCAACAGAAGUGUUCCUAAAAUACCCAUUCCUCCCAAAUCUCAGAAGACCGCUGGAGCAAGAAACAAGUCAAAUACAGGAAAACUGGUAACCAGUACAGCAAAGCCUGUGAGCCAUCCAAGUUCUCGAGUACAAAGGACUGGAAAUUCAGACAGGAAUGCCUGUGCAGACCUGGGAAGGAAAUUGGAAGAGAGUUCACUUACUGUACCAGCAGACCCCACAAGUUCAAAUUCCAAACCGAAUGAAAGCCACAGGAGAGUUCUUUGCUUUGAUAGUGCUUUAUCUACUCCAGUAGGAAAUACUCAAGUUAAAAAUACUAAGAGCUCAUUACAAAAAGAAAGGAAUGAAAAUCCUUUAUAUGCAGUAGAUUCUCCAAAUGCUGCAUCUGCCUUUGUUAAAACACAGUCCAACAAACGAGAGAAGGAUAAAACUUUGCCUAGAAUUCUGUGUAAGGCUGAGAUUGGUGGUAGCAGAAAUGCAGCUGUGAAAGAAGCACAGCCUGAAAGAAGGGCUGUGGCUGCAGGACUCGCGUUAGAUUCCUUUCACAAGACAACAGCGAAUAAAGAGAAUGAAUUAAGAAGGGAUGUUGAUGAAAAACAAAAGAACCAGGAUGCUGCAAAACUGUCAAAUGGCCAAAAGAAUGUUGGCCUUCGGAAUGAAAAAACUGUUGCUUCAGUGCAGGAACAGAACAAAAAACAAGGAUCACUGUCAAAUGUGAAUAGCAAAACUUCAGGAUCUGUUUCCCUAUCUUCAAAGGAGCCAAAAAGAGACCAACCAAAACCUUCCAACCACAGCCUUAGUUUGGCAAGUCCAUUAACUAAACAAGCUGUGGAGAUGUUACAUGGCAUUCAGUGGCACAGCCCUGCUAGCAAAGUGGUUGAAAAUGGGGAUUUACCAGUACCCCGUACACCAUCAGGAGUUGGGGAUACACAUACAGAGGAUAUCUCAGACAGCGUAAGGACACCAACUUGUAGACGUUACACUGAAGAGAGUACAACGCCUAGAAUAAUGGUCCCUCCUGCUACUCCAGACUUGCCUGCCUGCAGCCCGGCUAGUGAAACAGGUAGUGAAAACAGUGUCAGUAUGGCUGCCCAUACAUUGAUGAUUCUAUCACGGGCUGCUAUUGCAAGGACUAAUACUAUGACUCCCCUGAAAGACAACACACAACAAUUUAGGUCAGUGAGAAGCACAGCAAAAAAAAGGAAACUGGAGGACUUGAAUGAAUGUGAGAGAAACUCCCGUUCUGCUAGUAAAAAGGAACUUCAGAGCUCUACAACACCAGUGAAAAAGAAGAAAAUAAAGAAAAAGAAGCUGCCACAUUGUUUUCCAGCUGGAAUGGAUGUGGACAAGUUCUUGUUAUCUUUGCAUUAUGAUGAAUAAAAUAGUUGAACUGUGA